GAGACGGGCAUCCUUCUGUACAACGCCCUCACAGGAGAACUGGAAGAAGAACUGGAGGACGCUGACAUCAGCCAGAUCUACAACCCCAAAAGGGUGGAGUUCAUCCUCAACACCCUCAGCCGCGCCAUCGAGACACGCUCCGUCCACCUUAAGAGGAAGCUCUUGGCCGACUACGAGCACCUGUGUUGCCACAACGGCGAAGGAAUGCGGAGCUUCAUCAACCGCCAUCAGCGGUCUGAGCGGGCACUCCUCAGCGUCAACAUCAUGUGGAGAUGCAACGUCAAGUGCUCAUUGGAACAAUGCAGUCCCUCGACACGGUCAAGGAUGCCUUGUUUUUUCAGUAUCCCGACCGUCGGGCUGCACCACCUCUUUUUGAACAGCGUCAUGGAGCUCCACUUCGACGGCAACCUCCAGCAGUACCACACCGGCGGGAGCGUACCCGAAGACGAGACCAACGGCAACAGCCCCUCGACGACAAGUUUAAACGAGACCAGCGCCUACGUGCUGACCGACCCCAACAAUCAGUGCGCCCACAGGGGAGGUUUUUACUCCGACCUCGCGCUCAUCACCAUUGCCACUGCCUUCCUCAACAAAUGUCCUGGAUUCGUCCUGGAGGACCCACCUGCAGGACGACGCACCACCACUUCCUCUUCAAGACCACCGCCAGAUGCCUUUGCCAACGCAGCAACGACAAGCUUCGACCUCCUCCAAGGCCAAGUUCGAUUGGGAGAACGCCGACGGGUAGCUGGAAAUCUUAAGCAAGCAGCCCAGGUUCUCACCGUGGAGCAGAACGUCUACGGCGACCUCCCGAGCAGCAUGGACAACAAGUCCAAGAUCGACGUGAUGGAGAUGUUUGCCCGCGCAGCGGAAAUCACGCACAGGGCACCUUCCUUCGGCUUGAAGUCAUUGCAGCCCUUCGACUUCGAGUAUGGACUGGACCUCGGCCUUGAGGAGCACCAACAGACUUGGGCCGAUGCCCAAAGGAAGUUUAAGCCCCUGGUCAUCCUCACCGGCAUCAAGUGCACCAAGUGGAUCAUCAUGAGCGAGAAUAUGAGCUACCUUGGCAGAGGUAGAAUGGAUGAGCUGCAGGAAUUGCGAGCAGCCGAGAGACCACUCGUGACCUUCACCACGGUGCACGAGCUCAUGAUGCACCCGGAGGUCUACGUGGUUCGUGGACAUGCCGGAGCGAAUGGAGGGACUACGAGCACCGGCGAGCUCAUGAAGAAAACUUUCCAGUGGGUCACCAACUCUAAGAUGCUCUACUACUGCAAGCCGCUUUUGGGCAAGGAACUUCGCCAGAGCGCCAAGUACCCCGACGCCUUGGUCAAGAGCAUUCUUCAGGCAGUGCGGGUGGAAGCCCAAAGGCGGUGCCCCCAACGCUUCUUGAAGGCCAACGAGGUCUACGUUGCAGAGCCUGUGGAGGACCCCGCAGCCUGGGCAGAAGUUUUGCGUCUGGCACAACGAGCAUUAGUGUCAGAUUCAACUCGCGGCUACAACGUCCCAGAUGACGACAAGAUCUACCACAUCGUCAAGCAGCUCGUCCCAUGGGACAUAGUUCGAGUGCAGAUUAGCCGAUGCCCUGUCCAACGCCGCCUUCCCAGAGACAUCAGCUACACCCACCGUGGAGCAGUCUUGCAGUACCAGGACGGGGGCAUCGAAGUGGAACAUGAGGCGCUCGACGGACUUCACUUUCCGAAGCAGCGCUUCCGGAAGGCCGUUGCUUGUGGAGUGUUCUGGUAUGACGUCUUUUACUGCAGGGACGUCAUGGGUGUCAACUACGCCGUGGUCGGCAUAGUGGACCAGCCGACACUUUCCCAGACAAUGGUGGACGCCUUCCAGGCACUUUGGCUUCGCCCCUAUGGGUUUCCGCUUGAGGUCCGUGUGGAUCCGGCAGGCCCAUUGGAGGAUGCCUUGGAGGGCGCCGUGCACGCCAUCAACAGCAUAUUCCUCGCCUUCCUAGUGGACUCUUGGAAGCGACCGCAGCGUACCAACGUGGAGCCCUUGCCGGGAGCCAUGAGACCUGACGUUCUACGUGCCGAAGCCGUGAAGGCUAUCGCAGAGAUCAACGUCUCUCAGGACUUGCAGAUCGAGCCAGGCCAGAACUGUGCGUACUGGAGAUGGCAGAUCCAAGUCGACCAAGAAGACAUUGCCGCCAUCAAGGACGGAGCGACCAGCAUCCAGAAGGAUCUCUGGGAAGACCACCGUGCUGAUGGUCCUCCUCGAGAUGAAGAUGAAUACGACUACGACCUUGAGGACCCAGCAGAGCGCAUGCCGACCAGAAAGGAAGCCAAAGCCUUGAAUCGAGAGAUCCCCUGGAGGCAGAUCCUGAGCAUGCCCAAGGAGAAGAUCCAAGCCUUUAUCGACUCCGCCAUCAAGGAGGAGAACGGCUGGAAGACUUGGGGAUCAGUUGAGCCAGUUCACGAGGCCGAGGCCAAGGCCAUUAUGACAGACCCCAAGAGGCGGCGGCGGGUUUUGAAGAGCAGAGCUUGCUACCACAACAAGAGCCGCGAUCCGUCUAAGCCCAUCGCGAAGACGCGAGUCGUUGCCCUCGACCUUUACAAGAUCAACCGAGAUGCUCCGACACCUUCCAGGACGUCAGAGUACCUUCUGCUUAGCAUCUACGCAGCCGGUGUGAAUGGCGUCUUUCAGAACGAGGCCCUUGGGAGCUCUGGUCAGGAGACGUCAGCACCGCGUUCUUGCAGGGGCUUUGCGAAGACAGAGACGAACCGUUUGGCCAACAAGGGCAAGGAGACAGCCACAGCAGACCUGGCGACUCUCUACAGCGCGAUCGGCUGCGCCAAGGAGACCUCCAAGCAGGGAUUGGUGUUCCAGGACGUGCCCAUCAAUAAGGCGACCGUGGUCUGGGCCAACGCGGUCAAUUGCAGCUCCCAGCAGGGUGUUUUGACCUUGCUGACGACACCGCACUGCUCCCAGGUUACCGCCAAGGCAAACUUGGUAGACUGGAAGUCAAACCGAUCGGCUCGUGUUUGCCGCUCGACCUUGGCUGCAGAAGCAAUGGCUUGCGACGACAGCGUCGACCGGGCUUACUUCACCAACAUCAUACUCUACGAGUUGCUUCAUGCCGAGAAG